UCGCAAUUGCUUUGUUGAUCCAAAAAUGAGUUACGAACAAUAUUCAGACAAUGGAAACAAAAGUGCCGACAAAAACCAAGUUUGGCAAAAACUUUGGAGCGAAAGGGGCGACCAAGUACCGUGGCAAAUCACUGGACCACAUAAAGGGCUUGUAAACAACAUCACAGCUUUAACAGAUAACAAACCAAAUCGACACGUUCUCGUUCCACUUUGUGGAACAUCAGAUGACUUGAUAUGGCUUGCAGACCAAGGACACACAGUUGUCGGUGUAGAAAUAGUCCGAGAUGCCAUUAAAAUCUUCUUUGACAAGAAUAAACUAGAAUACGAAGUGUCUGCCAUCAACAUCGCUCCUUCUGGUGCCUACAUUUACAAGGCCAAAGAUAAAAAUAUCUCGAUCGUCGAGGUCGACUUUUGGCACUUUACAAAGUCGAUUGCUGGAGAUUUUGAUGCAGUAUGGGAUAGAGGAGCUCUUCUUGCCGUCAUGAAUGAGWUGGCUGGUGGAAAAGGUGUUGAAACCGCUAAAGAAUACCUCCAAGUUGUCAAAGAUGUGCUCAAACAAGAUGGUAAAGUAUUGCUUGAGACAUGGCUUUUUGAUCCAAAGUCAAGCGRAAAAGCAGCUGGUCCCAAACCAUCCUUGCUUACCGAUGAAAGUUUGCAAGCCGUUUGUAGUAACAACUGGAGUAUAAAGAAAGUAGAUGGCUUCACUGUAGAAGCUAAUGAGAAGUUCAUGGCAUUUAGUUUUUCUUAUAAAAUAGAUAUGUGUUUCACGAUAUUGACGCCAAACUCUGCUUAGUUACUGACAGUGUCUAACUGUCAGUAAAAGUUAUUCCAUGAACAAUUAGUACUAAUUAGUCAAAAAGAACAACAAAUAUAGAGUUAAAUUACAUAUAUAAACAAGACAAAUACUCGUCAUGAACUAAUUACUAGAUUUUAUUGAAAGAACUUUAUACUAAUUUCAUAAGUCACGCAUSUGUGAAAUGUGUCACGGAUCACAGUAUAGGAUAGACUUAGGUCAGGAAUCCCGUAAAUUCACUGAUAGGUACUACUGAAAAAAUGACGCCUACAACAUCAAACCAUUGUUUUUUAGUUUGAAAUAAAAAUAUAGUACUUUA